AUGAACAUUCACUUAUUGCUCCUCGACUUGGCACACAACCCAAAACCCAAACUUGGAACCGCCCACCUGCUCUACUGUCAAGUAAAACGGCACCACUGGCUCACCACCCUCGAGCAAGGUCAUGGUAAAUGGCACUGCUGUCCAGUUGGGCCCGACCUCCACUGUCAGCAGCGGUCCUCUUCGCACCGCCCGCUCCAAUUGUUCGGCGCGCGCCUGACUGGUGCGCCCGGUCAAGUACACAGCGGGUACGGAAGCUGCGACGCUCGCCUUGUGGCCUUGUACACUGAAGGUGGUUAUUGGCAUUGCUACGUGAGCCCCGUGUGGGUUUUGCAGCACAACAGCCGCAGUCAUGGUAAUGCUGGCCGGCAACGGGUUCAUGACGCUGAGAGUACAGGCAACUUCACCAGAAAGUGGCCCAAGGGCCCGCGCGCACACCGUGGGCACCAUGUCAACUGCGAACUGUUUGUGGGCGAAUUUCAUCAGGCGCGGAUCGCUCGUGGGGACACACAAUGGCGCGCGGCACAGACCGCAUGCAAAAGACCUCUUAGCUGUUAG